AUGACUGAUCCGCAGGCUCCGAUGGUCGCUUCCGGGUCCGCGAAGCCCGCCGGCCCCUCCCUGCUCGCCUGCCUCCUCUGCCGCCACAAACAUCUCAAAUGCGAUGGCAGGACUCCCAUCUGUGGCCGUUGCUUGCUGACCGGCUCCGAAUGCCAAUACGCAAAGUCGCGGCGUGGCUACAAAGGCCCCUCCAAGAAGCGCCGCGCCGAACCGGACUCCCCCGAUCAACUCGUCGCGGGUUCCACGGGCAUGAUGGAAGUCCCCGUCGACUGGAAUCUACAAGGCGGCUUCCACUACGCGCCUCCCACCAUGCCGUUGUCUUCGUCGGGCUCGGCCAGCCCGUCAUUGAAUGAUAUGCCGUCCACAAUGACAAUGGCCAUGACCCCCCCGGCUCGUCCAGUGACAGGGCCAUUGACCCCAGAUUCCGCGUCCUCGGUAGCCGGCGACGGAUACCUCCUCGAUAUCUACUACACCUACUUCCACUCGGCGCAUCCCCAGGUGAUGAAGUUCAUCGCCUCCCACUUUACCCCCGCCGCCUCGAGCGAAGCCUACCGCCCCACCGUCGUCGCCGGGGUCUGGGAUCAAUCGCCCUCUGUUGAGAAGGUUCAGGCGCUGCUGCUACUGGCCAUUGUGCUGCACUCGCGCAAUGAGCGUGGGGAGGCGGGGGAGUGUCUGGCCGCCGCGGUGGACCUGGCAUUCGAGCUUGGCCUGAAUCGGGCCACUUAUGCCGAGACAGCAAGUCAUGGCGACCCCAUUCGGGCCGAGUGUCUGCGACGCACCUGGUGGGAGCUUUUUGUCAUUGAGGGCCUCCUGACAGCCCUCGGGGUGCAGCAGGUGUACCGUACCAACUUGGUGCUACCCGAGGUGCCCCUCCCGUGCGAGGAGCGCAUCUAUCAGGAUGGCCUGAUCCCGCCACCGCCGCCAACCAUGGCUCAGUUCGAUGAGCGCGUUUUCGCGGACGAAGAGCGUGACUUUUCCUCCUAUUCCUAUCGCAUUGAAGCCGUGCGAAUUCUCGGCCGAGUUGUGGCGACGCAGGAGAUGGUCGAGGGCCAGCAAGAUCAUGUAGAGGCUAUUGAUGCGCGUAUUGCGAGCUGGUUCCACCAUCUGCCCGAGUCCAAGGCGGAGCUGAUGCGACCGGAUGGAUCGGUGGAUGAGGUCAUGUUCCAGGCGACCAUGAUCGUGAACGGUGCCUCCAUCUACCUGAACUUCCCCCGUUCGGAUCUCCUGUCGUCCCCUGCUGUCGCGUCGGAGGUCAUCUGUGGCCACCACGGCCCCAUCAGUGUCCCCGCUUUCUCCCAUCAUGCCCACGCCAUGAAGGCUGUCAAGGCCGCCAGCGAAAUCUCGUCUUUGGCUGCAAUUCGUCUACCAGUCGAACGGCAUACCCCAUUCUUCAUCUGCGCCCUCACAUUGAGCUCCAUUGUCCAAUUGGCAGCCUGCUCUGUCAAGGCAGGGCAGAUGCCGGACCCGAGUCGUGAUCGGAUCGGCCUCACCAUCGGUGUCUUCAAGUCGCUGGCUCGUACCUGGGCAAUCUCCCAAUCCAUCAUGCGCCAAAUUAAGGCCGUGGCGCGCGACGUGCUGGACAUGGGUGUGCGCCCUAGCAUGGACUCGCUUGAUCUCACAUCGAUGUUGGAUAUCAACGGUCGCUUCUGGGUUCAGGAUGGUCCCAGCUGA